GCUCACUGUGAAGAGACCUUUCAGCACUUCACGCUCAUCAGUGGAUCCCAAGGAAAUUAAAAAAUUCCAGUUCCUCGCCCAGAAGUGGUGGGAUGAAGAAGGAGAAUAUUCAGCCCUUCAUUCUAUGAAUGACAUUAGAGUGCCCUUUAUUAGAGAUACUCUGUUGAACAUGAGCAGUAAUUACCACCUGGGAAGUCCACUUUCUGGAGUAAAAAUCCUGGACAUUGGCUGUGGCGGUGGACUGCUCAGUGAGCCUUUAGGUAGACUGGGAGCUUCAGUUACUGGAAUUGAUCCUCUGGAGGACAACAUUAGAACAGCAGAUCAGCACAAGUCAUUUGAUCCAGUCCUGGCCCAGAGAAUACAGUACAAGUCCAGUUCACUGGAGGAGAUUGUGGAAGAGUCUAUGGAAACCUUUGAUGUAAUUGUAGCUUCUGAAGUAGUGGAGCAUGUGGCUGACCUUGAAAUGUUUAUCAAGUGUUGCUCUCAGGUGUUAAAGCCUGAAGGUUCUUUAUUCAUUACUUCAAUCAAUAAAACACAGUUGUCCUAUGUCCUGGGAAUUGUGGUUGCAGAAAAAAUCCUCGGCAUUGUACCAGAAGGAACACAUGAGUGGGAGAAGUUUGUUCCCCCUGAAGACCUGGAGCGCCUCCUGGAAUCAAAUGGCUUUUCAGUCAAGACAGUGAAUGGGAUGUUGUAUAAUCCCCUCUGGGGGUCGUGGAGCUGGACAGGAAGCACGAGCAUUAACUAUGCAAUGCAUGCUGUGAAGUCUGGGGCUCAGGGACAGUCAAGCCCAACAGAUGCCCCAUCAGAGACGGAAAGCGAACAUCACUCAGCCACAGCUGGCACCACUGUCUGAUGGUCUGAGAUGUGUGGUGAUGGGCUGUCACCAGGCACAGAAAAGAAGGUUUUACCCAGAUGGACAUAAUAAAACCUUUUGUA